CUUCCACUUUUUUUAAUUUUUAUUUUUUAUUUUUUUCCAUUCCCUCUCUACAAAGCUUUUACCUCCAUAGCCAACUACUCUCUCAAAUAAACAAGCUCGCUUGCUUCUAGAGAGAGAAAGAGAGAGGUUUUAAAGAUGGGAGCUCUUGCUCCGGUGUCUACAUGGAACCCUGAAGAUGACCUUUUGCUUAAGAACGCUGUUGAGGCUGGUGCUUCUUUGGAAUCACUUGCUAAAGGUGCAGUGCAAUUUUCUCGAAGAUUUACUGUUCGAGAACUGCAAGAUCGGUGGCAUUCUCUCCUUUAUGAUCCAGUUAUUUCUGCAGAAGCUUCCCCUCACAUGAUUGCGAUUGAGCGUUCUGGUUCAACUCUUCCAUCAAAAUUGAAUAGAUUUGGCAACUCAAAAGAAAACAAAUCGGUUUGUGGGAAGAGAAAGGCUGACAGUGUCCGUAGUUAUUACUAUGCUCUGCUCAAAAGAUUAUGCAAUGAUCCACUUAAUUCCAUGGAUCUAAGUUUUUUUGUUGCACCUGGUGAUUGCAAUUACAUUGCAAAUGGAAAUGAGCCUUUACCUGGAGAUUGCAUGCCUGGUGAUACCAUGCCAAAUCAUUGCGGACUUGAAGGGUCGAAUAUGGAUAUUAUGCAUCAUGUUUUUCCACAAAAUCUGAUGGAUGGUGGCGCUGCUACUGCUGAUACUGCUGCUAAUGGCCAUGACUUUCAUCCAGGACUCCAGCUACCAGGUGAAGAAGAUUUUUAUAUUGAGCAAGAUAACAUACACAACGAAAUUCCUCAUCCUUUUGAAGAAAAUCUACCUUUUACUGUGAAUGGCUCUGUGUUUGAGGAAUACGUUCAACCAAAACAAUUGCUGGCACACAGCAUGUUGGAAGCUGAUGAUUUAGGUUUGGAACCCUCAUCUACAUUUGAUCAAAUUAAUAAUGAUCCAGGACAUAUCUGCUCGGAAUUUGAAGGUAAUCAGGUGUUCAGUUCACCUAUGUCAGAGUGUGGUGCAUCAUUUCACAACUUGGAAUUUUCAUCUCCACUUCAUGAAAUGUCUAUAUGGGGACCAGUUGAGGGCCUUGCAGCAUCAUCUAUGCCUGAUGUUGGCCUUGGAGAAAAAGAUCUGCACACUGGAGAUAGGUUUGAACUUCUUGAUGAUGAUUUUGGUAAGAAUGCAACAACAUCAGGGUAUGAUGUUCACUCAGAUUUCAAGUUGGGAAGUGAAAUGCCUUGUGAUGGUUUGAGAAGUCCAACUGCUAGUGCAGAAGGAUAUUUGGCAGAACUGUCUAAUUCUCUCUUGAAUUUUACAAAUGAGGAAGAACUCUUGGCCAUGGGUGAUGGAAAAGAAGCUAUUGAUAAAUCUUACUAUGAUGGCCUUAGUUCACUUUUGUCGAAUUCCCAGAAUGAUGUAUGUCAAAAUCACAUACCCAGUAUAACUGAACCAGAGACAUCAGUAGCUCUAGAUACAGAUAUCAAGAAACCACCUAUUGCAUGUUCUGGAGAGUUAGAGGAGAACAGGGGGCCUCACUACGAUGAUGGCUGUAUAGCUCAUGUUUCAGGGACCCAAAUGCUAUCAUCUUUAUCACAUUCAAAUCCUCAGUUUCCUGAUCUGUGUGACAAAGAAGUUAUUUGCUGUACAUUGAACACUGAGGAUCCAGAUAUUCCAUGCAAUGAUGAUUUUAUCCCACCAAAACAAUUUUCCCCAUCGUCUGUUUCCUUUGUAUCACAAAAUAAAUUUCAAGAAGCUAAUAAUCCAAAUUCUUCAACUAUUAAUGAUAUCUUAGUUAAUCAAAGAGCUCGAGAAAGAGGCGUUCUGAUGAAGAGAGAAGGAAAAAACCUUGGAGAGUGUCAUGUGUCUUCUAAGAACAUAGGCCCACAUGUGUUGCCUGAACCCAGUGUGAACCAUCCAAUUGGUGGCUCUGGGGUUAAGUUUGAGUUACCGAAUAGUGAUUCCCCACUUGUGGCGUCUAAGGGUGUAGGUAUUGCUUAUGGUGGUACAGAUCAACUUAAUUCAGCUAGUCUGAGCACUGAUGCUUUGAAGGAAGAAACUAAAGGAGUUUCACCAGUAAAACAUCUCAGUCAUAACCAAAUGGAUUCAUUUAUAAAGAAGCCAGCUCUUGUUUGUGAUAGCUUUAAAGGCUGUACCCAGACAAAUGCUAGUGGCAUUAAACUGGAACUAGAUGUACCAGCUAUGAUUCAAGAUUAUCAAUCAACACAUGCAGAAGUAGCAUCUGUAGAUAUUGUUAUGUCAGAACCUGUAGUAAAACCUACGACAUCAGAUCAGGAAGAGGCACCUGUUGAGAGUGAUGAUGAUGUACCUCAUUAUUCAGAUAUUGAGGCAAUGAUACUUGAUAUGGACUUGGAUCCGGAGGACCAGGAUCUAUUUUCUAAUGAGGAAGGUAUUUUUCAGUCUAGCAAGAAUUUAUAUAAUGAUUCAUUACUUGUCUGCCUAUUCACUGGGAUGGCCCAACCAAGGAAGGAUACCCAGGAGGCACCACAACCCGAUGCUCCUCCUCCACCGCCUCGACCCCUUACAAUCCAAACCCGGUCAUCCUCUACCAAGUCCCAGCCACAAUCCAACCGCCCCGAACCUCCCACCCCCUCCCAACCAGCUCGGUCCCCCAGACCUGAAGGUGCUGAUUCUAAGAGAAAGAGGAGUCCCAAGGGCAAGGACACCGCGGAUGAGGGAAAAUCCCAACCUUCAAAGGAGAAGGAUGAGGCUCCGCGUACAAAACAACUGAAGCUCGGGCCCCAAAGCAAGGGCAAAGGACCCGCAGUUCAAACCCCUCAAGGCAAGGGGAAAGGAAUUGAUUCCCAAUCCCUACCGAGCGCCUGGCUCCCUGCCCCAAUGCUUCACGGGGGUCCAUUACUGGAAACGGCCUCCCUGAGGGACCUCGGAGACGGCGAGGGUGAAUACGUGGCGGACGCAUUAGGGAGAACCAUAUUACUCCCUAAUGAUAUGGACGAGCUGAAGAGAAUGAGGAUGCAGGAGGUUUUUCUCAGCACCAAGAGAUACUUGUGCAUGCGAGCUGGAGUGGACGCUUCAUCAGAUUUGUGGAAGGCAGAGAGCGUUUUCUACCCGGCGGCCAUCCGUGACACCACUUCCACUAGCUCUGUGACCACGGAUGCUCAACCCGAGGAAGAGGUCACCCCGUCGGGAAACUUACAAGCCAGUGGUUCUACUAGCAAGGCGCCCAAAGAGGGAAUACUUCAAGAUGUGGUGGUAAUAUCGCAGCAUGCGGAUCCUGAGAUACCUACAGAAAUUACUGAACCCAAGGUGGGCGUUCAGGUGUCGAGUACAGAAGAACUAGCCGCUCCUGCACAGUUGCCACAGGCCAUUCCCCUUGCUGUGGUCACUCAGGGUACCAGUGUUGGCCCUGUUCAGUCUUCCUUAGAAGAAACCGUCAUUCCAGGCAUUGAAGCUGAUCCUAAUCCCACCUCCAAAAAUGCAACCGACAAACAAGCAGAAAAGUAG